AUGUGGUUUGCUGAAGCUUUAUUGUUACUGAUGGGAGCUGAGAAGGAAACCCUCAAUGACCAAAAACCAGACCAAGCAGUUGGAAUGGGGAGGUUACAGCAGCACUGGGAGAGGUUUCUCCAGUUAAAGAGAAGGUCUUUCAGGGCAGCAGAAGACAGCCGCAGUCGCCUGAAGAAGUUAAUUAUUAUUCAAGGAUGUGAUGGUGUCUUUACAAUUGAUGCCUCUGUGGAAGAAACAGCAGUGGCUACCCUUCAGACUCUAGCAAUGGCUGGUCAGAUGGCCAGGGUGGUCCAUAUCACAGAAGAUGGGCAAGUCAUAGCUACAAAUCAAGAUGGUUCACACGUGAGUAGUAUGGUGGUUCCAGGGCAGAUACUUAGCGAGCAGUUAGCAGGUGGUGCAACGCAGGUGGUAGUGGUUGAAGGAACAGGAACUGAUAUGGAGGAGGCCGUUCAAAUAAAUGCAGUUCCUGACUCCAGUAGUGCUGUACUGCAGCAGAUAAUGCGACAAGAAGUUUUAGAUGCUUCCAAAGCUACGGUCCAUCCUCCAGACUCCUCCUCAGCAUUAGAUGCCCUGCUUUGUGCUGUAACAGAGCUGGGUGAAGUGGAAAACAAAUCUAGACUCCUUGACAGAUGCAGGUCUAGUCACAAAGAUUUCUUGCAGAUGCCAAACCCAGAGACACCCGGCAUUCCCAGUGAUGCAGAGGGGCAAGAAAUACAAAUGUUCCAUGAAGUUCAAGAGACUCGGGAAGAUACCAAACCUAUGGAAGUAGUGACGCAGGUCAUGCACCCAUCGGCUAUAAUUGCAUCUCGGGAGAGAGCUCAGGCUGCCUUCAAGAAAAUGGUCCAAGGAGUAUUACAGUUUGCUGUAUGUGAUACGGCUGCAGCCGACCAGCUGAUGAAAGAAGGUGUCACUCAGGUCAUUGUAAAUGAGGAAGGGACUGUGCAUAUGGUAGCUGGAGAAGGCUCUCAGAUAAUUAUGCAGGAAGCUGGUAGCCCUGCGCUCAGUGUCCAAAGUGAGCACAUGGAUUUAGUUGAGUCGGAUGGGAAAAUAUCACAGAUUAUUGUCACAGAAGAAAUAGCUCGAGCCAUGGUUCAGGGUUCUGAUGGCGACUUCUCUGAAGGUGCGACCCACUACAUCGUCACAGAAUUGCCACCAGACAUGCAGGAUGAGCCUGGUGUGUACUCACACGCUGUCAUAGAGACAGCUGGGUCUCCAGAGAUUUUGCAGACUGGUACUGCUAUAAAAGCAGAACCCGCAUCCCCUGAUGGAGCAGAACAGUUAACAAGCAUGGUAAUUUAUACAGAGGGUGGUUCACAAGUAAUUCAGGGCCAGAGAGAUGAUAAUGACAUACAAGAAGCAUGA